AAAUCAUGAUAUAAGUCUUUGCUAACAAUGCCCAAAAAAUGGAUAAUAGAGAAGAAAACAGACACAAACCUCACUGUCUGGUCCUGCCAUUUCCCAUCCAAGGUCACAUAAACCCUAUGCUUCAAUUCUCUAAGCGUUUAUCACACAAAGGUAUCAGAAUCACCUUAGCAGCAACAAAGCACUUGUUCAAGACCACGCAACAGUUUUCGGGCUCGAUCUCCGUGGAGACAAUCUCGGAUGGUUUUGAUGAAGGCAAAGCAGAUGUUGACCUAGACCCUUACUUGGCUAGGUUUGAACAGGUUGGGACAGAAACCCUGUCCGAGCUGCUGGACAAGCUCAGGGACUCGGGUCGCCCCGUUGAUUGUGUAAUUUACGAUCCGUUUCUCCCGUGGGCUGUUGUUGUGGCCAAGAAGCAUGGACUAGUCGGAGCUGCAUUUUUCACUCAAUCGUCCUCCGUGAAUAGCAUUUACUACAACGUGUAUAAAGGGCAGUUGAAAGUUCCUCUUUUGGAUAAGGAAAUUGCUGUCGCUGGAUUGCCACUAUUGGAAAUCUCCGACGUGCCUUCUUUUGUGCGUGAUCAAGAUUCGCAUCCCGGGUCGUUCGAGCUGGUCCUGAAUCAGUUUCGGAAUGUUGAGGAAGCUGAUUUUGUUUUUGUCAAUUCCUUCUAUGAGUUGGAAGAAGAGGUGACGGAUUUGAUGGCAAAAAUUUUGCCAGUGAAGACGAUUGGACCAACUACGCCAUCCAUGUACUUAGACAAAAGACUGACGGAGGACAAAGACUACGAUCUUAGUAUCUUUAAGCCGGUCAAUUCUUGCAUGAAAUGGUUAGAAGAACGGACGAACAAAUCCGUUAUUUAUGUGUCAUUUGGUAGUAUGGCAAAGUUGGAAGGGGAGCAAAUGGAGGAAUUAGCUCUAGGUCUAAAAAUGACCAAUAAGUACUUCUUAUGGGUGGUUAGAUCAUCGGAGGAAUCCAAACUUCCUAAAAGUUUCGUACAAGAGACACAAGAGAAAGGAUUAAUUGUGUCAUGGUGUCCACAGUUGGAGGUUUUGGCCCAUGAUGCGAUAGGUUGUUUCAUCACACACUGUGGGUGGAACUCGACAUUGGAAGCACUGAGUCUAGGAGUCCCGAUGGUGGCAGUGCCGUGGUGGAGCGACCAGAGCACGAACGCAAAGUUAGUGAUGGAUGUUUGGAAAAUGGGGAUCAGGGCACGUCCGGACGUGAAAGAUAUUGUCGGGAGAGAGGAGAUAGUGCGGUGUAUAAAGCAUGUGAUGGAGGGAGAGGAAGGAAACGAGGUAAGAAAGAAUGCAAAAAAAUGGAGAGAGUUAGCUAGAAAGGCAGUUGAUGAGGGUGGGAGUUCUGAUCGAAACAUCCAGGAGUUUCUUUCUACCCUAGAAUCCAUUGCUCCCAAGUGAAUAAACGUUGUCCGUUUAUGACAAAAUUGUGCUAUCUAUCGGUAAAAAUUUGUAAAUUUGUGUCUACAAUUUAAUUAUAUAAUUUUAAAAUUUUAAUAA